AGUGACGUAUGACGUAUUAACCGAUAGCCAUGCUGGGCAGAAAGUUAGCACAAGUUAGCCGCCCCUACCUAAACUCUAUAUAACUUGGACAACAGUACUAGUAAAGUAACUCCUUGAGCACUAAGCAAUGCUAAGACGUCGCGUUUGCUGACAUUAUAGUUUUGUGAAUGCCCCGACAACGCUGUUGCUGGCUACGGCGCUGUUAGCUUUAGCAAAACUAGCAUCGCAGGGGCCAGCCGGAGUCAGCUGACAGGCUUCCGUCUGCCGCCGCCGCCGUUGUCAACAAGGGACGCGCGAUGGAUCAACUCAAAGUCAAGGACCGCAUUCUGGAAAACAUCUCCCUGUCCGUUAAGAAGCUGCAGAGUUACUUUGCAGCAUGCGAAGAUGAGACUCCAGCCAUCCGCAACCACGACCGGGUUCUUCAGCGGCUCUGCGAGCACCUUGACCACGCGCUACUCUACGGGCUGCAGGAUAUCUCUUCAGGCUACUGGGUUCUUGUCCUUCACUUCACAAGGGGAGAGGCUGUUCGACAGAUCGACGAUCUCCAGCACAUCGCCACUAACCUGGGUCGAAGUCGGGCGUGGUUAUACCUGGCGUUGAGCGAGAGCUCUUUAGAAAGCUACCUACGCCUCUUCCAAGAGAACCAAGCACUACUACAGAAGUACUACUUCAAGAACGCGCUGGUCUGCAGUCAUGACCACCUGACGCUCUUCCUCACGCUGGUGGCCGGAUUGGAGUUCAUUCGUUUCGAUCUGGAACUGGAUGUGCCCUAUUUGGACGUGGCCGCCUACAUGCCCGAGUACUACAAACCGCACAACCUGUUGGAUUUCGAAGAGAGGCUGCCCAGCUCGGACAGUUUGUCCCUUCACUCCUUCACCUCCUUGACCUCCACCAACCUGGAAUGGGAUGACAGUGCCAUCGCGCCCUCAAGUGAAGAUUAUGAUUUUGGUGACAUCUUCCCCGUGUUGCAGGCAAUGCCAAGUGCAGACUGGGAAGAAGGUGACCUGACCGACCAGGCCAGCUGCCCGAGGUCCAACGGUUCUGAUCCCCUGACUGUCAUCAGCGACUCGCUGCUCUUACCCGCCCGCGACGGCAAGAUGAAAGCGGGUGCUCGUCUGUCGCCGCCCAGUCCCACGUCCAGAUUCAACCCUUUCAAUCACGAGUCGGACGCCAACACCUCGGCCGACGUCACGCCGGUUCACGUGGCCGCCUCUCACGUGGCUUGCGCUGGAGACCACGCCGAUAACGAGCUGGAAGUCAUUCGGAUGGCAAGACGGAGGAAAUCCAGCAAAAAACGACGUGGGAAGAGUUUCACAGAUUCCAUCAGCAGCGUCCAUAACUCCAUAUCGUCCGAGCACGUAGAAAUGGACAGCAGCUUGCUGAACGGGGACGAUUCCGAUUCUUUGAACUGCACUGUAAUCCACCUCGACAGGACCGGGACAGAGGUGGCGGAUAAAUGCGCCGAGGACGGCGUGGACCAUCUUCUAAGGCUUCCCGAGAUGACAGAUACCUCCAUGGAUAGCGUUGGCCAACCCCUCCGGGAUGUCAUGGACAGACUUAACGAGGAGGUCUGGGACCCGCCCGAGGCAGGUUCCGAGCCUCCUGCUCAGCAGCCCUUUCGAGAGGACUCCCGGGCGGACCCUCCAGACCCAGACUCAAGCCCAGACCUCCUGCAGGCCGCUCAAAACGUACUCUGCCUUACCACCGACGAUCCAGACUCUGCUCCCGCAAGUGGUGGGCACCAUGACCCUACAGAGCAUCGCCAGUCGCAAAUAUUUUCAGGUGGCCAUGAAGAUCAAGGAGAGACAAAAGCACCAGCAGGACGGGAAGCCGACGUGAAGAACGAGGAGGAGGAACAUGACGCAGACGGCUGUGAAACGACCGCUGCGCAAGAGGAGAAGCUCAGUCCCUCCGAGAGUUCCCACCCUGCAGAAUUUAAGGUGGACAACAACCACUUACUACUCCUCAUGAUCCACGUGUUCAGAGAGAAUGAGGAGCAACUCUUCAGGAUGCUGAGGAUGAGUACAGGCCAUAUGGAAGGAGACCUGCAGCCUCUUUAUCUGCUACUGACCGACUGUUACAUCUACCUGCUGAGGAAAGGUGCAGCAGAGAAGCCUUACACGGUGGAAGAUGCGGUUUCGUACAAUGAGCUUGACUAUCUCUCAGUGGGCCUCGACCAACAAACAGUGAGCAUCGUUUGCACGAACAGAAGACGGAAGUUCCUGCUCGACACGGCCGACGCCACGUUGACCCUAUGGUUCUUGUCCGUUCUGAAGACGGCUAUGGUGAAGGGUUGCCGCGAGCCCCCGUAUCCUUCCAUCCUGACUGACGCCACUAUGGAAAAACUUGCCCUCACUAAGUUUGUCGCCCAGGAAUCUCACUGCGAGGUUUCCGAAGUCUCUAUCCAUCUGUAUUCACUGGUCCACUGGGAGGAUCCCAUGGAUGCGACCUUGCCCAACUUGAAGUCCCCUACUAGCGCUAAGGAAGGGCUGAUGCAGUACCGGUCCGGUUCCACGUACUUGGGCAAGGAAGUGUGGAAAAGUUGCUACCUCGUCCUCAACAAAGGAAUUCUGUACCUCUAUGCUGAAAGGACUGAUGUGACGCCUGUGCUCUCAGUCACUAUGGGGGGUGAAUUUUGCGGAGGGUGCCGUCGUUCAAACAGCACCGAGCGUCCGCAUGCCUUUCAAGUCAUCCUGACGGAGCGCCCCCCGCUGGAGCUCAGUGCCAACAACGAACAGGACAUGGCUGAGUGGAUGCAGCUGCUCUGCCAGUCUGUUUCCAUAGGAGUCAUCCCCCAAGGCACGGCCCCCGCCCCGUGUAUCCCGUGUUGUCUGGUUGUGACGGACAGCAAGCUGCUGACCUGCCAUCAGGACUGCCAGACAAGCUUCUUCCGCUCGCUGGGCAGCGCCGACAUCUGCGACGUGGAGGCCAUCAGUCUGGAGGCCGACGUGGAGUACUGUGUCAUCGAGUUUGCUACGGAUCGGGAUCGCUUCCUUCCACCUUGGGUCUUGUAUUUUAGCAGCUGUGAGGAAAGAGACAGACUGUUGGAGGUAUUGGACACGGUCUGGAGAAACAUAUUCCAGGUGGCGCUCCCCCACCGAGAGGUGCGCGAGCCGUCGUUGCAGAAGCGCUGCAGCGAAGGCCUGGCUUUAAUGAAGAGCGCCUGGCAGCGGGCAGACAGUUUGGCACGAGGCCGGGCGCAGCGCGAGCCUUGGUGCUGACACACGUAUAUGCAUACGAUUGCCAGCGGUAGGUCAGCACACUCGUGUACGGGCAAAAAGUCGGAAAUGGGCGCUCAAGUCAAUCCAUUCUGACAACUCCUGCAUGUUGAACACCGUCACACAUGCUUUGCAGCACAAAUAACACACUGCCGACGUGGACCCUCGCAUAGGAAGGAAGGAAGGCUGGUCAGACGGCACUCACAAAAUGAAAUUUCACAUUCAACCUUAAGUGGAAUCUUUACAGUUGGAAAUACAUAUCUGUGCCCGUUCAGUAUUUUCUUGCAUUUUGCACAACAUGCUUUCCACUGAAAGGAAAAACCAAAAUAGGUGUUUGAUCCGUAAACGGACUGAUACAUUGGCUGGUUCAAUUCAAUCCCAAAUGACUUUUACGGCCGUUGUUUUAUCAUUGACAAUCCCGUCAACUAUUUGGCCGAUUCGUCGGAUUUAAGUGAGUAUUUCAAACGGGGAGUGCAGAAAAAACACAAAUUACCGAUGAUGAUUCAGUUGCUGGUUUGAUCUGUAACAUUUGUCGGAAAAAAAAAAACAACAAAAAUGAAGAAGCAGAUAUUUUUCACCAGCAGGUCAGUCUGGUCUCAUGAACAACAACAAGCAACUCAUUUGAUAAUUGAAUAGUAAAGUCCAUGUCGGGAAUUUGACCGUUCGUCUUGUCAGCAAGUUGUGCAAAAAGUAACGGAACGUCGAACAGGUGGACACGAGGGUUCAAAAGGUCAAAUUCAAAUCCUCUGUUACGAUAAGAGUAGAUUGUGUAUUUACACAGAUACAUUUUAAUGAUUUUAAUCUAGUAGUCCAAUUCAAAAAGCCGAACUUGAAUUCAAAACGGCUUAAAGUACGAUUUUGACUGGAGCUCUGGGGAAUUGACAAUCUCAAGAAAUUAAUAAAGUGAAAAGUGUUUAAUGACUCCAUAUUCCAAUCAAAUCAACUACUGACAUGAAUGAACUUUUCUUAGAUAUUAAAAUCUACUGAGGUGUACAUGCGACGACGAAAGCCUUUUUGGCAAGCUUGACGUGAGCAGACGCUUCCUCGCAGACUUGCACUUUGCUUUCCUAACGGUACCAAUGAAGCAUUUUGUUCAAGUUGCUCUGCUGCUUGUGUCGUAAUGCGCCGCUGUACAGUAGCACCAAAUCGCCAUGAUACCAUGCACUUUUUUUUUUCUUCUGUCUCUGUAACCCGAAACAACCAUUGUGCUUUUAUCUUCUAAGUUUGGUUUGUGUCAACAGAAAAGAGUCUUUGCCGUCAAUACAGGAGUGGUUUCAAACCCGAGAGAAAACUUUUGACACUAUAAAUGUGACUAACAACCUGAACGUCAUUGUAAAAGUAUUUAAUUGUUUCGAAAAUGGAAGUCAAAUGAAACAACUGAGAUCAUGCGCACCAAAACUGUAGCAUCGAAGGUUUACUGCUAACACUGACUGCUAUUAUUUAUUUAAUUUAAAGUUGAUGAUUAGAAAUGAUGGUUAUAAAGUUCAGCCCUGGUUUUAUUGAACGCUACUAAAUUCACCCACAUGCGUUUGUUAAGUUUCAAGUGUGUUUUUGUAAGAAAAAAAAGAUUUUGGCCAUGAUUCCAAAAGGUCAUUUUGGGACAAACACAACGGUGGUCGUCACCAAAAGAACGCUAUACGUCGGUGUAGCUUUUUUCUUCUCUUCAGCUAAACUUAAGUCUUGUGUCAAGGAGGAGUAGAUUAUGAAGAGCUACAUGUCAAGAAAAGCCCAUUGGAACAUCUGGGUUUUAUUUGAGGUUAUUCAGAGGUCUUUUAAAUGGUAGCAGUUGUUGGCUGACUCCCACAUUGAAUAGCCACAUUGCCAAAAGGGUGUGCACACUUGUGCAACCACAUCAUCUCAGUUGUUUGUUUUUACGUCUUCUUAAAACUUUUAUUUAUGUAUUAGAAAGCGAUCUAGCUCUCCAGCUAGCUGGCUUGCAACCUAUUUAGUAACUAGCUAGCUAGAUGGCUAUUUCAAAUGUGUACAGGUUGUAGUUCACAUUGUUUGUGGAAAAGGGUGUGUAGACUUUUCAUAUGGAUUGUUGCUAUUUCACUUCCACGUGCCGUCGUAUGGAGUGCUUUAAUGGUUUCCAAGUGCCACUUGAUUGCCUCUGCUGCCCUUUUACAAACCAAUCUAAUCUCAGGUGAAAAAGGUACUGAGCAUCCAAAAUUCACCACUUUCAUACAACUAUUUUUAAUCGCUGCUCAUUAUUUAACUUCCAUGUUGUACAAUGGAGCUCAGAAGAGUUUUUUUUUUUUGUAUGUACACAAAAGGAGCCUUGCAUGGUAUUGUUGGGAGUGUAUAGCGGUCGAGUACCCAAGCGCACUUUAGUUUCCAUCAUUUUUACACUAAGAGGCCGCCGCAACAUUAUGAGCACUGCCAGUUUGCAGUCGUGUACAGCUCCUGAGAGUUGUCGCUAACUUUGAUAACACAACAGAGUCAAACUCUCCUUCCAAUACAAUGUGCUUCAAAUAUUGUUACAGUAAUAUCUCUCUAACAGUGUUAAUCACAAGUGAACUUUAUCGAUUGUAAUGUUGCGGCUGGUUGUUGAAAGAAAGAUCUUCUGGGGGAUAGAAAAAGUCCUAGAAAGUAAAGUUCAGAUGUAGGUCAUGUCAACAAUACGUCAAACAUUGCUGGCCAAUGAUGGAUGAUUUUCCUUUCAUGCAAGUCAAAUGUGUAUUCAGUUACGCUGUUUUAUUGGGACUGAUGAAAUAGAAAACGCACAUGGCAGGUUUUUUUUGUUUUUAUACUCUUAACUGUGCUAAUGAGUGGAAAGUAACCCAGUGGCAGAUCAGAAUAAAGUAAAAAGUUCAAGUUGUGUGUAAUGCAAAUGAUUCUUUUAAUGACAGUGUUGUAUGGAAUAAAAGUAUAACAUUGAAACA